AUGCGCAAUCGUUAUGGAAGAUAUGUCGGCAGAUUGCCAAUGGAAACCGAUGAUCUCGUGCUUCGCGUAUUCCCCAAAAAUAUUCGACCGAUUCUCGUGCUCGCCGGCGGCGUCUUAUGCAUGCUAACACUGGGAAUCGUCUACACGUUCGGCAACAUUCUACCCUACAUGCUCUCCUAUUAUCGAUGGAAAACCAAUCCAAAUAUGACGGCGGGCACGAUGUUCUGGCUUCAAACACUGCUGAGCGGACUGCCAAUGGGCAUGGUAAUCGGCGGCCUAGUGGAAAGAUGUUGUAACGGGAGAAAAGGAGCAAUAAUUGGUUGCAUUCUCUACACUUUCGGAAUCGGUUCGACAUUCUACGCGAUCCAGCACUCCUAUGCCGCCACAUUGCUCACAUUCGGAGUGAUCGGGAGUUUGGGAAGCAGCAUAACGUACAGCUCAAUUCUGCCAACAGCGCAGAGGUGGCUUCCCGACAACGUCGGAAUGGCCGGCGGCGUGAUAAUCGGCGGCUACGGUUGCGGCGCCUUCAUUCUCAGCCCCCUCCAAACCACCUACAUCAAUCCGUUGGACUAUCGCGUGAACGAUGAAGGCUUCUUCACCCAAGUGGACCUGCUCGAGCGCGUUCCCUACGUGUUCGUCGUGAUGGCGGCGCUGUUCGCGAUUCUCCAAACCAUCGGCGUCAUUUUCAUCGGCCAACCAUGCGAGGAAGUCAAUUUCGGCAACGAGAGCCUCCUCGGCGCCGAGCAGCAAGUCGUCAUCGAGAAGCAGCGAAUCGCGCCCCAACUUCGCACCUCAACAUUCAUUGUCUUGUUCGUCUCGCUAACGUGCAACGCGACGUUCGCGCAACUCACCAGCGGCUUAUACAAAGCCUACGGACAGAAAUUCAUCGCUUCUGACUUUUUUCUGAGUCUCGUCGGCUCGAUGUCGAGUGUGUUCAACGCGUUGAGCCGUGUCGUCUGGGGUAUCAUUGUCGACGCGUCGAGCUAUCAAUUCUCAAUGUCCAUCGUCACCACAAUCGGCGCGUUCCUCUCAUUCACGCUUCCAUUGGUCCGAUCCGCUGGAAACGACAUCCUCUUCAUGACGGCGGUAAGCUUCAUGUUUUCCUGCAUCGGCGGCACCUUCUCCCUAUUCCCCUUCAUCACACACGUUUGCUUCGGAAAAACCAAUUUCAGCGUCAUCUACGGUUUCCUUCAAUGCGCUGUGAGCGUUGCGGGCCUCAUUGCCGGUCUUGUGUCGACUCACCUGUUGCCGAUGAUUGGCUAUGAAUACCUGUUCAUGAUCUCCGGAUUCUUUAUGACGAUGUCAUUGGCGUUGACGACGCUUCUUCAUAAAACCGAUAUUGCGAGUGUGCGCGCCAUCGGACGGGUACAAAUCUACGAGAGCAAUGACGAGGAGAAUUGA